CGCGUCAGUGGUCUAAACGCACUGGAUAUUUCGAGCAUCUUCUCUCUCGCAAAAAUACUAAACUGUCAAAUGCUCAGGUGUACGAACGGCAGUCGCAUUGACAGCAGUGUACAAGUUUGGUUGAAGGAGUUGAUAGUGCACGAUCGUUGAUUUCCCCCAUAAUUAUCGAGAUGAGACCAGCCAGGAGGAGACAGCAGGGGUUAGAGUACGGUUUGUACUUGCUGGGGAUGCAGGCUGUGAAUUAUGGGAUUGAUAAAAUUCCACCGGUUACCUUGGCUGCGAUUAUUGGACAAGCUCUACUUUACAUCGGAGUAAUCCAGGUUCCCUGGAAUUCCGAGGAUGUCUGCAUAUCAGCAGUGAAGAUCCUGAAGUACAAAGACUGGAGGUCCUUCUUCAUGUCCAACUUCGAGCAUGGCUCAGACAUGCACCUGUACUACAACAUGAUAUCGUUUAUACUGAAGGGCGCCUACCUGGAGCCCAUGUAUGGCACAGCCAAUUUCGGUAUUCUCCUGGGGAUCCUCUCCACGGGGUGCAGUGCCAUGUACGUCGGCUUGUCCUACGCACUCACCCAGAUCACAGGGGAUUACGGGUACUUCACGACCUGCGCCAUAGGAUUCUCCGGGGUCCUCUUCGCUCUGAAGGUCAUCGUCGUCUGCGAGGAACACGACAGACUGCACGACAUAGGGGGAUUCAGGGUCCCCAGUAAAUUCGCUGUCUGGGGAGAGUUGAUUAUGAUUCAUCUACUCGUGCCUAAUGCCUCGUUUGUGGGACAUCUUGGGGGCAUUUUGGUCGGGUGUUUGUACUGCUAUACUUCCGUUGGAACUUUUAUCGAUGCCAGAAUCAACUCCAUCACUGGAAGACCGAUUAUUCAUGAAGAGGCUUUCUACAGGAGAAGAUCUAUUUUUUGAUUUUUUUUUAUUGAGGGGGGAGGGUAUAUCUGGAGGGUUAAACAAAACUUAUAGGGGUUUUUGUGGGCUAGAAGAAAGGUCUUUACAUUUUUGAAUUUAUCCAGUAGUUUCAGAGAUAUUUUGAGAAAGAAUGAAAGAAUUUUCCUUGUUUUCACUGGGAUAAAUAUCUUUGGAAGGGAAACUUUCAGAAAAAUUUAUCAAACGACUUUUCUUUUCGUGGCUAAUUUUAUGGUGCACAGCAAACCUCUGGAAUAUUUCCAAAAUAGAAGAAUGUGAUAACACGAGGAACUAGAACAAAUGACUUAAUUUUUCAUUUUUCUACUUUAAAAAUUCUGUUGCAAAUUUUCAAUCUUUUUUAACCUAAAACUGAAUCCUAAAUAAGAAGAAUUAAUAAAGAUAGAUGAAUGCCAGAAAGUCCUCAAAUUAAAUCCCACAAUGUUUUCAUAAUUUCAUUUUAUUACUCUAAACAAUUGAAAAUAAUUUCUUCCAUAAAUUUAAUUUAAAGGCUUUCUCUGGGGUUCGUUAGUUAAAAAACGAGAUCUUUUCCGUAAAAAAUAUUUUGCCUGCAAAUAUUUCGGGCAGGAAGAAAUCUCCAAGAAUCAAAAUGCGUCAAACGAGAAACUAGAGCAAAUAAUUUAGAAAAAAAUCCUGAACAAGAAUAAUUGACGAUUUAUUUGAAAUUAGUGAGGGACAAAUAUUGCUCAAAUUAAAUCCAAAAACCUUCUCAUAAUUUAAUUUUAUUAUUCAAAAGAAUUGAAAAUUUCUUCCAUAAUGUAAUUCAAAGACUUUCUCUGGAGUUUGUUAAACAGAAACAAAUAUCUCUUUUGUAAAAAAUAUAUUUAUAACACGACUUAGAACUAGCAUAGAUGUAAACUAUUUACAGUGGAUUAGUUCACGUGAAUGACCCGGUGCAUUCGGAGCCUGAAGAAACAAGUGUGAUCGACUGCGUGUACAUUUUCGUAAUAAAAAAAAACAUGAAAGCUCUA